AUGAGUGCGAGACAAUAUUUAUACAAAGAUUUUCCGAAAUAUUACACAUGGAAUGCUAGUUCAUGUAAAUGGAAUCCUCGAAAACAAGGAUCAAUGAGAGGACGACUGGUUCAUGCUAAUCCUGCCGAAGGAGAACGAUAUUAUCUACGCCUACUUCUGUCUCAUAUUAGUGGACCCACGUGCUUUGAAGAUCUUUACACGGUUAAUGGCAUUAUACAUCCAACAUUUCACAAAACAACACUUGAGAGAGGUUUAAUAGAGACCGACGAUAAUUUAUCGCAUUGUCUUGCCGAUGCCUCCUUAUUUCAGUUUCCCAAUGCUCUUAGACGAUUAUUCGUGACGAUCUUGAUUUAUUGUGAGCCGGGAGAUGUUCGCAAGUUAUGGGAUGAACAUUAUGAUUCACUCUCUGAAGAUUAUAGACGAGACUACAAAAAUGUUGAGGGAGUCCGAAAUAUGGUUCUUACAGACAUCGCCGUCUUUUUACAAUCUAUGAGUACGAACCUCGAUGAUUUUGAUCUUCCAAGUUUAAAUGCAGCUGUCAAUUUAGAAUCACGAGGAUUUCAUGAGGUACAAGAGGAGUACUCCAUAAUUGCGCAAGACGAAGACUUAAAUGCUCGAAACUCUCUAAAUUCCGACCAGAAACAUGCAUUUGAUGAGAUCAUGACGCAUGUAGAUAAUGAUUGUCCAGCUGUGUUUUUUGUAGAUGGACCGGGUGGAACUGGAAAAACAUUUUUGUAUAGAGCUUUGCUAGCUAAUGUUCGUUCCCGUGGACUUAUUGCUCUCGCAACCACUUCAUCCGGUGUUGCCGCUAAUAACAUGUCGGGGGGAGAACAGCUCACUCUCGAUUCAAGAUUCCCCUUACUCUUAGUAAUAAUUCGGUGUGCAAUAUAA